UUUCGACUAGGUUUUUCAAAAUGUAGGUCCAUUGAUCUGCAUCCCUUAGGACAUCUCCAACUCAUAGUUCGGUAGUUCUGCAUUUCGCCAUCUUCAGCGGUUGAUCAGGGUUAUAUGUAGGUCGAGGCAAGUAGGUUAACAUCGUUCCUGGGAUAGAAAAAUGUGUAAAACUGGAGUGGGAUUGCAUGUAGUACUAAACUACUAUUGUACUAAAGGAUAUUCGUUAUGCGAGCUUCUAGAAAUUGGCGAGGACGGUUGUUUUACUGAAGUUAUUUACUUGAAAGAACAUCAACGUGAGUUCAUCAACGGGCACAGCUUUCGAAUUUGCUUCGAAGAUCUUUUGAUGUGAAUCGGAUGGAAAUUUUCCAGGAUCGAUUGUGGCGAACGGGACGAUGUCAAGGUUUUGUUUUUGAACACGAGCGAUCUUGGAAGGGACAACGUAAACAGCUGUGCUUUUAUCAGUUUGUACUUUCUGCCUGACGAGGGGAGAUGCUUUUAAGUUUCGUCUGACUGCAGGAGGCCAGUUUCGUCGGGCAGCGCCGCCCAAUCCGUUUCUCAGCCCUUGAAAAUAGGAUUUGGUGAGUCGUAAAAUUACGUUGACUCUUAUCUCGUGGGAUUCAGCUCACCUCCCUCCUCACGAUUUUCCGAAACAAAGGCGGAUUAAAUAAAUUCUAUCACAUUUAUAUGGGAUUGAAUGGUGUUUUUGGGACAGUUUCGACGAGGAAUGGACAAAAUCGUCUUUUGAUCAUGUGAGGUGAACAAAGUGUUUGUAUGGAGUUCCGUCAACUUGUGAAGAAGAGGAGUAGAAACAAAAUUCUAUAUCAGCUCAAGAUGGAUAUGAUGUUCGAAGCCUACCUGACCCAUGACUCAGACCGUCCUGAACCCGAUGAUAUUCCUCAGACGAAUGAGCCGGUCUGGAUCCUAGGCAAGAAGUACAACACUGUCCAUGAUAUUGAGUUGAUACGAAGUGACAUCAGAUCGAGGCUAUGGUUUACGUACAGAAAGAAUUUCAUACCGAUCGGAGAUUCUGGCAAGACUUCAGACAAAGGCUGGGGCUGUAUGCUCAGAUGCGGUCAAAUGCUUAUGGCCCAGGCCUUGCUCAACCACCAUCUAGGCCGAGACUGGCUUUGGAACAUUUCGUACAAUGACGAGAAAUAUGUUCGGAUCGUGAAAAUGUUCGAGGACAGAAAGUCCGCAGGGUAUUCCAUACACCAAAUCGCAUUGAUGGGCGCUUCUGAAGGAAAACAGGUCGGCGAUUGGUUUGGGCCUAACACUGUCGCUCAAGUACUCAAAAAACUCGCACGAUACGACGACUGGAGUAAUUUGGCCGUUCACGUUGCCCUGGACAACACAAUCGUACUCAAUGAAAUUUGUAAGUCCUGCUUAUUUAUUUUCAAUUGGAAUGAAAAUAACCUAAUUAUUGCAAUUUCUACAGGUUCCCUGCAGAGAACUCGAUGGAAACCGUUAGUACUUAUCGUACCUUUAAGACUAGGAAUAAAUGAAAUCAAUUCUAUUUAUAUUCAAGGCCUCAAAGCCUGCUUUACAUUUCCUCAAAGCCUUGGCGCCAUCGGAGGCAAGCCGAAUCAUGCUCUUUAUUUCAUUGGAAUAGUUGGUAACGAUGUGAUAUUCCUGGACCCUCAUGUAACACAAAUGUCUGGAAGCUUGCACAACAAGACUACAGAGCAAGAGCGCAAGAUUGAUAAUUCAUACCAUUGUCACCAAGCUAGCCGACUGCAUAUUCUCCAUAUGGAUCCUUCAGUUGCGGUUGGUUUCUUCUGCAAAUCGGAAGAGGAUUUCAAUUUGCUCAUAAAGCAGAUCAGGGAGACUGUCAUGUUGGACAAGCAGCCGUUGUUCGAGAUCAGGGACAAGAGCCAUGUACCCUGGGCUGAAAGGGGCCAGGAAGCGACAUCUCUCGCCCACGUUCAUGUUCAUCGACACCGCAAUCGUGAUGAUUCAGAUGAAGAUUUUGAAAUUAUAGAAUGAAUACUGCGAAAAAGAGAAUUUCUAUUCUACCGUUUUUUGUACAUAGAUUUGAAGAUUAAUUUUCAAUGCGCAUUGUUUUUU